AUGCGUACCUACGACGACUCUUUCUCCGGCCAGAAGAUCUACCCUGGAAAGGGUAAGCUGUACAUCCGCGGCGACAGCAAGAUCUUCCGCUUCCAGAAUGGAAAGUCCGAGUCCCUCUUCCUCCAGCGCAAGAACCCUCGCCGCAUUUCCUGGACCAUCCUUUACCGUCGCCAACACCGCAAGGGUAUCUCUGAAGAAGUUGCCAAGAAGCGUACCCGUCGUGCCGUUAAGUCCCAACGUGGUAUUGUCGGUGCUUCCCUUGAUGUGAUCAAGGAACGACGAAGCCAGCGCCCCGAGGCCCGUGCCGCCGCUCGCCAACAGGCUAUCAAGGACGCCAAGGAGAAGAAGGCUGCUUCCGAGAGCAAGAAGAAGGCUGAGAAGGCCAAGUCCGCUGCCAGCGCCGCUGCCGGCAAGGCCCGUAUCCAGAGCAAGCAGGGUGCCAAGGGUGCUCCUAUCAAGGUCCAGGCCAAGUCCCGAUAA